AUGGACCGUGAUCGAGGCCGAAGGUUCGACGAUGGGGAAGUCGUUAGAUACGGCGCUGGAGAGUCAUGGAGGCCUACUCCCCGAGAUCGAUCACCCAGACGAGUCAGGAGCCCAGUCAGAGAUCGACCAAGGAGUCCAAGACCUAGAAGUCCACGUCCCCGGAGUCCAAUCCCUGCAGGAUCCGAUAGUUACGUUCCCGGGAGAUACCCACCACGUCGUAGGUCGAGAAGUGGAGGGGAUAGAUACCGCCGAGAGCGAUCAAGGGAGCGAGAAAGUCCACGCCGACAACGUAGUAGGUCCAUGAGGCGGCCAUCUCCUCCUCGACGUAGUUUGUCUCGGAGGGGCUCGCCUCCCCGUGGGGAUAGGUACGAACGUCCUCGGUCUCCUGCUCCCGUUAGAGAUUGGGAGCGGGAUCGUGACAGAGUCAGAGACCGAGAAUGGGACCGUGAUCGAGUACGUGAUAGGGGGCGCGACUUCGAGCGGCGUGAUGAUAGACGGCGAUCUAGGUCUCCUUUCGGUGUAAUUCGUCGUGACAGAACCCCUCCCGUGAGGUCGCCUAUAACAGUGCCUCGAGGUGGCUCAUACAGACCUCGUUCACGGUCUAUGAGCCGACGUGGAAACGACAGAUACCAGUCAUAUAGGCGUGUUAGCCCUCCCAGAGAAUCCGGAAUCUCGUCAGCGAUCACUUCUCAAUCAGCGUCUGGAAGAUCAUCACCUCGACCGAGUCCGUUGAGGGCUCGCUCACCACUUCCGUCACGGGAAGUGUCUCCUCAUCACCAUGCUAUGUCUGGCAUUGCACCGCCCAGAGAGGUCCCCAGACCUGGCCACUACGAUUCGAUGGCAUCUGCUCCAUCUCGAUCACCGCCGCGAGGCCCUGCGGCGUUGAGGGCACCUCCAACUGGCCCUGCAGCAAAUAGAAAUUCUGCAGCUCCAGUGGCGUCACCAGCACCGGCUCCUCCUGCUCGAACGCAAACACCCACUGCUCCUCCCCAGCGCUCAGGUACCACAAGCCCGACCAUUCCACCGGCCGGCCCGCGAGGUUAUGUGCCUCCGGCUAGAGGUGGCUUUGCUUCGCGUGGAGGGAGGGGAGGCUGGAAUCAACCACCACCAAGACACAUGCCUGGACCUUCUCCCACCCCUCCAACACCAAACGGGCCACCUUCCAUCCCUACUGGUCCACGAGUGGCUCCCUCAAAUAUCCCCUCAAACUCAACACCAACACAGUCUCGACCGUUCAAUCCUCCGACUGGACCAUCAGCUCAACAUGCUGGUGGUGCACGACAAACUUUGGCGCAGUCUAUGCUUGCAACGCUGCCUCCUAUUAUCCCUGGUGGUAAGAUAGAUCCAUCGAUGCCACCGAUUGCCAUUGGUGUUACCCGAGAGCUAGAGCCGCAUUUCCGCAAACUGAAGGAUGAAGAAGAAAAGUUACGAGAUGAACUCCACGCCAAGCAGGAGCGGCUACGCAAGAGCUUAUACACCUGGAAUCGGCUGGAGCGUGACUCGCGAGCCUGGGAGAUGCGCAGUGACUUGAGUGAGAAGAGCAUGAAGAACUUGGCAGGUGAAGGCAUGGGGGGCGCUGCAUUCUAA